CAUUUCCCGAGGUACUCCCACACCCUCCUCCUCCUGCUGCCGCUGUGCCGGGCUCGCCGCCGAUCGGGCUCGGGUGGCAGCGGGAGCCCCGGGUCCCGCCGUGCCCGGCCCGCAGUGCCCGUGCCCGCCGCCCACCAGAAACUGCAGCGCCCUGGUUUCCAUGCGUCCGAGAGUGCCUGUGGACAGAGAGGGGCUGUGUGGUCCAGCAGAGCCUGUAUAGCUAAUGGCUCCCAGGAUAACGCCGCUGUCCUGCUGCAGAGCCAUGCCCAAGAAUGAUGCUGCCAAAAAGCCGGCACCAGAGAUGGUGCCGGACCAGCGCUGGAAGAUACAAGUCUGUUACCUCUGCUUCUAUGGCUUCAUGACACAGAUCCGGCCCGGGGAGAGCUUCAUCACCCCCUAUCUGCUGGGAGUGAACUUCACAAAGGCAGAGGUGACCAAUAUGAUCACGCCGGUGCUGUCCUACUCCUACAUGGCCGUGCUGGUGCCCAUCUUCCUGCUGACAGACUACCUGCGCUACAAGCCCGUGCUGGUGCUGCAGAGCCUGAGCCACAUCUCCAUCUGGCUGCUGCUGGUGCUGGGAACUUCCGUCCUGGCCAUGCAGAUGAUGGAGUUCUUCUACGGCAUCACCAUGGCUGCCCGCAUUGCCUACUCUUCCUACAUCUUCUCCCUGGUCGCCCCGUCCCGCUACCAGCGGAUGGCCAGUUAUUCCCGCUCCUCUGUGCUCCUGGGGGUUUUCACCAGCUCCGUGUUGGGCCAGCUCUGUGUCACCUUGGGCGGUGUGUCCUUCCUCACCCUCAACUACGUCUCCUUGGGCUUCGUCAGCUUCGGCCUCAUCCUCACCAUCUUUCUCGAGCGGCCCCGGCGCAGCCUCUUCUUCAACCGGCCCAGGGGGGCCGGUGACGCUGCUGUGCCCGCUGAGCUGGACAGGAUGGCCGGGGGGGACAGCGGUGGGGGGGCACGGGGCUGGCGGGACAUGGUGCUGUGCCGUAUGCUGCAGGAGCUGGGAGCGCUGGCCAAGCAGCCCCAGCUCCGUCUCUGGUCCCUGUGGUGGGUCUUUAACUCAGCUGGGUACUACCUGAUGCUGUACUACGCUCACAUCCUCUGGAAUGAGAUCUCUCCCACCACGGACAACCGCCGGGUGUACAAUGGGGGCGUGGAUGCUGCCUCCACGCUGCUGGGAGCUGUCGCCUCCUUUGCUGCUGGCUACGUCAAGAUCCGCUGGACGCUGUGGUCAGAGCUGGUGAUUGGAGUGGUUACGGCAUUCCAGGCAGGAUUACUCUUGCUUAUGAACACCACCACCAACAUCUGGCUGUGCUAUGCUGCCUACAUCCUCUUCCGUGGCUCCCACCAGUUCCUGGUGCCCAUUGCCAUUUUCCAGAUUGCUACCUCUCUCUCCAAAGAGCUCUGUGCUUUGGUCUUCGGGGUCAACACCUUCUUUGCCACAGUGCUGAAGACCAUCAUCACCAUCAUUGUGGCUGACAAGAGGGGCUUGGGUUUAUCCGUGCAUCCCCAGUUUUAUGUAUAUUUUGGCUACUUCACCCUACUGGCCGUGGUCUACCUGCUGGCGGCCAUCAGAGUGGGUGUACAGCACAGCCACCGCAGGCAGCCAGUGGAGCUGGCCCUGGACAAGGAGCCGUGCCAGCUCCCAGUGGAAAUUCCAGCAGAGGAGAAAAGCCCGGAGGCAGGCACCGUGCGAGCCUGAGCGCUGGCACCGCGACACUGUGGCCGGCUCUUGGCUCCCAAAGUGAGCAUAGUCAUCACCACCGUGUGCUUGGUGUCCUGUCCCACUGCUGGUUCUGGGUGCUGUUCUGUAACCGCUGGGACAUGUUUUCUGCUCGGUGAGGACAGGGCUGUGCCCCUUCCCUGUCCCCACAUACAGAGUGGUGGCAGGAUUCCCAUGGUGCCGCUGCCGUGUGUCACACAGGGGAAUGGAUGGGGACCCAUCCCGCUGCAUCCCCAUCAUGGCACGGAGCCAGGCUACAAGAGGAUGUUUCUUUAUUCAGUGCCUUUAGAAAAUGGUCUAUAGAACACAAUUGAUUACAAAAAAUAAUAUAAAGAUCCACACACUUUAAAUUGCAUUAAUUACACAAAUACAGUAGACUGUAAGAAAUAGAGAUCGUGUGACUCGCACAGCUUUUAUGGUAAUAAUUUCCAUACAAUAACAAGCUACUUACAAA